UCUCCAGGUGCCCAUGAUGUCACAAUGGAACAAAACUCCAUUGCUGGAGUUCCAUUGUUGACCUGAAAAACACUCAUUCUACUGCAAGCUACUGUCAAGAAAGAUAACAUUUGUCUACAUACCAGUACAUGAUUGUGAGUUGUUAACAUGGACCUGAGUGGAGACCUCAAGUCACUGCAACAACCUACUGAAGGCUGUGAUGAGAUGGGAGCGAGGAGUCCUACAGGUACAGUCGAGCCAGGUGAUGUCCACACACAUCUGUCCAAACCUGAUAGGAAGAAGGGCAAGAAAGAGAAGGUGAAACACGGAAAGGGAAAUAGAAAGGAGAGGAAAUCAGGAGGCUGGCGUGCCACACUUUUGAGAUGCUUUGUGUGUGGAGGUGAUGAUAGCCAGGAUGUGUGGGAGAUGUCAGCGGAGGAGGAGAGGCUGAGGAUUGAGGAAAGGAUCCGGAGAAAUAGAGAGGCCGACCUGCAGAGGUUCCUCAAGGUGCGUAAAGUGAACCUAAAGCACAAAGAGAACUUCAAAUCCAUGCUGAAGCGCAGAAAGAUGACAGAGGCCAACCAGGAGUGGAGUGCCCUUCCCCCGAGGCCGGAGGAGGAGGCGAACAGGAAGGUGGCUUUCCAGGACGUCAACGCUCGCGAUGUCUGGUUCUACGAGGAAGAGGCCAAACCAAGGAUGGGUCAGGCAUGGAAGAGCCUACUGCAGGAGAUCCGGGACAACAACAUGUCAAAAGCCCUUCAGGCAAUAGCCCUUCUGGCAAAGCGGCCGAAGAAGGAGAAACCAGAGAGUGAGGACAAGCAGCUCCAUAAGGAUCUGGAUCUGGAUAUGGAUCUCUAUGAACUUUUGAUGGCCUCCAUGGUGUGCCUGGGCUUUGUAGCAGCGCUGUUCCUAUUGCCCAUCCUCCUGCAGUAAAAGUAAAAAAAGAAACCAUGGGGAUGGGAUGGGGAGGAAAGAUGGGGUACAAUUGGCUUGAAGAAAAAGGGAAGACAAAUAACACUUACUGUAUACUGUACACACAGGAGAGAAUGAAAAUGAGGAAUGGGAAAACAUCUUGCACAAAAAAGCAAACAAAAAACACAGAAGAAGAUUUUUAUGGACAAUUUGGAAAAGGAUAAUUAAAAAAAAAAAAAAAA